AUGCUCGGAGGAUCGAAGAUAGAGUUGGCUAAACGCCCCACUAAUUAUACUGGUGAUCAUAUGAAGUUAUGUGGAUUGUGCGGAAAAAGUGGUGGAAAACUUCAGAAGUGCAAAAGUUGUAUCCAAUCGUUCACCUUCGAUGCCAUCAAACUACCAGCAGAUGCCACGACCGCCUCACCACAUGCCGAGAUUGUAUUGCCGAGAUUGUAA